AUGAGUACCAAUAACAUGAACAAGCAAGGUGAAUAUGAAGCUUUAAUAGAUGAUGGACAGCAUGCAAAUGCAAAUAAUGCAGGAAUGAAUACUGAGGAGUAUUAUAAUAUAUAUGGAAAUAAUAUUAAUAGUGCUAAUAUAAAUAAUGUGGAUAGUACAAAUGAACAUGUACCACUUGGUACACCUUUAACUUAUAUUGUAGGUAAUGAAGGGGAAUAUAUCGGAAAUAUGCAUUGUGAAAAUUCCCAAGAGAAAAAAAGAUUACUCACAGAUUUAAAAUAUUGCUCUUUUUUCAUUGGUUAUAUAAUUAUUUUAUUAUUUAUUAUUUUGUAUUAUUUAUAUUAUGGAGAAUAUGCUCGAAUAUUAUAUGGUACAAAUUAUAAUGGUCAGAUAUGCGGAAAACAUUUGAAAAAAUAUGCUUAUUUAUAUUACCCUCUAUCACCUAAAUCAUCGAAACCUGAUAUAUUAAAUAGAUAUGCGAAGUGUGUGGAAUCUUGUCCAACGUCUAAUGAGUAUAAUAAUAAUAAAAAAUUAAAAAACAGCUUAACUAAAGGUGGAGAGAAAAAUGAGAAAAACGAGAAUAAUAUGACAAGUACGACAAAUAAGAAAAAUAUACAAAAUAUAAAAAGCUUUUUUGAAAAUUCUUUUUCCUUUUUUGAUAAAAAUAAAAAAAAUGUAAUUAUGGAUAAGAAAGGAAAUACAACAACAAAUGUUGUAUAUAGUGAUUAUACGAAAAGUUCAAACAGCAAUGUGUAUGUUGAAUAUUCUUUAAAUUCUCCAUAUUAUGAUUCAACAAAUAUAAUGAAUAUAUGUUAUCCGAAAGAUAAAACAUUACGGGAGAAAGUUAUAUAUACAGUCUUUACAAAUAGAUAUAAAGUAUUUGUUAAUUUAUUUUCUUUUCACAAUUCUUUUUUUUUUGUAUUUCUUUUUGUUUUCAUUUCACUAUUUUUAUGUUUUAUUUAUUUACUUCUCUUAUAUUAUAUAUCAACAACAGCUUUUCAUUUUUUUUUAAUUUCUUUUCCUUGUUUAAUGUUGUUUUGUCCUAUCUAUUUUAUUCAUAAACAUUUAUAUCUUAUUUUUAAUCCUGUUAAGGGGUCUUUUUUUUCAUACCAUUAUAUAUUGUCAAUUCUGUUAUGCCUUGCAAUUGUAGCACAUGGAAUUAUAUCCUUCUUCAUUCUUUACUUAUACAAAAAUACAUAUAAAUAUACAUCCAGAUUAAUCUCAAUUACUUUAAAUUUUAUAUAUAAUAUGUCUACUAUGCUCUAUUCACCGAUUGUCGUUUCACUUUUAUCUUUUAUCUGGUUUCUCAUUUCUGCGCGCUUAUACGUGUACAUAAUGACUGCCGGGUCGACCUACGAAAAUAGGAUAUAUUUGGAACUGGACUCUAAUGGGAAUAGCGAAAUAGUUUCUCUCCAAAAAAUAUUUUUUUACUUCAAGAGUUCCUAUCUUUUUUCCAUAUUUUGGAUUUAUUCCUUUUUUUUCGUAUGUGAAAUAUUACAAUCCUUAAACCAGUUUACCAUCAGCUAUUUAGGGACCGUAUGGUACUUCGGUGAUAAGAACAGCUCGAAUUAUAAUAUUAGUGGGGAUGAAACUAUGAAAACGAUACUGAAUCAUCACUUCGGAAGUCUGAUACUGUCAAGUUUCAUUAGUCUGUCUACCAAGCACAUGCGCAUCUUGUUCUUUUGGACCAAUAGUACCCUAUCCCUUCCCUUUUUUUUUGACCACUCAAUUCAGCACUUAAAGGAAAAAUUUCAAUUUAUUUUAAAACCCAUUUCCGAGAUGAUCGAUAAGUACACUAUGUCCGCAUAUUGUGAAAUGUCUAUGACUUCAUACCCUUAUUUACAAGCUUGCGAUAUUUCGUCCAAAAAGUUAGUUAACUCUACAUCCCCCGCAGCAUCACUUCACGGAAUAACUUAUAUACUGAAUAUAAUCAUUCCGUGUUUUACAAUUCUGGUGGUAACAUUUUUUUCAUUUAAUAUUUUCAAUAACUUUCAAAGAUAUAAUGAUUUAUUUUCCCCAAACUUCAUCCCUAAUCCUUUUUUUGCGGCACUUACAAUCGGAGUUCUGUGCGGUAUUAUAACAUCCUACUUUAUCACAGUCAUACCUACGUUAGCUGAUAGUAUUUUGUACUGCUUCAUUUGUGAGUGUUAUCAAAAACAAAUGAUAGAUGAGAGCCCCAUGAGGAAAAUAUUUACUCCUAUUCUUUUAAGAGAAUUUAUAUUAGAAAUAUAUGAAGAGUACAACACUAAGCCAUAA